GAAAUUAUGAACAUUUAAUCCAAUAUAAUAAUGCUAAUCCUGUAAAUGUUCCUUUUGGAUGUGUUGCAGAAUGGUAUAUUUCAAAUCAUCCAUUGCUAAUAAAUAUUCAUAUAAAAUGUAAAAUCGAAGAAGAACUUCAGAAAUGA